AUGGCGACACUACUCCUGGCGCUCGCCAUGGCAGCAUCUUCCCUAUCCCGGGUGUCUGCCUUGUCUUCCAAGGCGCCCAAGGCCAAAUUCUACGGCGGAGCUGGCAUCGGUCGACUCGUCUUUGACGAAUCGGCCGGGAAAGAAAACGCCUGGCAGUGUCACUACGAUAUGGUCCUCGUGGAACGUGUACAGGGAAAACCGCCCACCGAAUCGGGCCUCUUUGUGCCGCAGGAAGAUUUGCCCAAACUGCAUCUGUGUAAAGUCCUCUCCGUGGGACCCGGGCGGGAAGAAGAAAACGGACGUGUUUCGCCCAUGCCAGAGAUUCGAGUGGGCGAUAUCGUAAUUGCCAAGAAUCCCUGGGGCAUCGGUCCCAAGGAUGAAGAGACGGCGGAUGGCAAAAAACUCAGUUUCAUGCGCAGCCAAGAUAUUGCGGCCGUGGUGACGGGAGGACUAGCUCCGGAAGUGUAA